AUGUGCCUUACACACGUCACGUUCAUGAGCCUCGUCAUAGUCUUUGAGCGUGCCGGAACAGUAGAGGCCGUGCGAAUCUUCAAGAAGCCGACCGGAGAGUCCCGUGGGAUGGGGGUCAUCACCUUUGUGGAUCCCGAGAGCGUCCAGUGGGCGGUGCAAAACCUCCGAGACGAGGAGGUCAACGACAGGAAGAUGUGGGUGUCCACUCACAAGGGCAGCGCGGACCCCGCAAAAGGCUUGCCGCCGCCUGUUCAAACGACAUCAUCGCGGGUGUUCUUUAGCAACGUCCCAUUCGAUGUCGACGAGGACCAGCUGCGGAUGCUCUUUGAGGAGGUCGGGGUCGUCAAGGAGCUCAGCCUCAUGAAAAAGAGCGAGGAUGGCAGCUCGCGGGGGAUGGGACACUGCACCUUCCAGGUGCCUUCCAUGGCAGCCGCUGCGAUCCAAGCACUCCGGGACCGAGAUGUCGGGGGGAGAGCUAUUUGGAUUGCCGAGGACACUAAAGGCCCUGCAGUGGGACCUUCCUCUGGGUCCUCUCGCGUGUUUUUUAGCAAUGUGCCCUUCGAUGUCGAGGAGGCACAACUCAGUGCUCUAUUCGAAGAAGUGGGAGCUGUGAAGGAGCUUUCCAUCUUCAAAAAUAAG